AUGGACAGAUUACUGAGAUUAGGAGGAGGAAUGACGGGACUAAAUCAAGGUCCACCUCCGUCAGAUGCUCCUGUAGUUGACACUGCCGAACAGGUUUAUAUUUCUUCUCUGGCACUGUUGAAAAUGUUGAAGCACGGUCGUGCUGGAGUACCUAUGGAAGUCAUGGGUCUCAUGUUAGGAGAAUUUGUCGACGAUUACACUGUGAGAGUUAUUGAUGUCUUUGCUAUGCCUCAAACUGGAACGCAAACAGGUAGACCAGAAAUGGUGGUUGGGUGGUACCACUCGCAUCCUGGGUUCAGUUGUUGGUUGUCGGGUGUUGAUAUCAACACACAGCAGUCCUUUGAAGCAUUGAGUGAAAGAGCUGUGGCUGUCGUAAUCGAUCCAAUUCAAUCCGUAAAAGGGAAAGUUGUUAUUGAUGCAUUUAGGUUAAUUAAUCCUAAUAUGAUGGUAUUGGGACAAGAACCCCGUCAAACUACCUCGAAUUUAGGACAUUUACAAAAACCAUCUGUACAAGCUCUUAUUCACGGUUUAAAUCGUCAUUACUACAGUAUAAGUAUUAAUUACCGUAAGAAUGAAUUAGAGCAAAAAAUGUUGUUGAAUUUACAUAAAAAGACCUGGAUGGACGGUCUUACUUUGGCUGAAUAUUCUGAGCACAGUAAACUCAAUGAAAAUACUGUUGCUGAAAUGCUUGAGCUUGCUAAGAAUUAUAAUAAGUCAUUGGAGGAUGAGGAAAAAAUGACACCCGAGCAACUGGCGAUUAAGAACGUCGGUAAGCAAGACCCGAAACGUCACCUGGAAGAAAAAGUUGACAUGUUGAUGUCCACAAACAUCGUCCAGUGUCUUGGAGCUAUGCUUGACACCGUUGUGUUUAAAUAA